AUGUCCAAUACUCGUCAUCCUCGACAGUCGCCCUUUGCCGCCAUCGAUGCCUACUUGGCUGCUCAGGGGCUGCAAGAGCCAGGCACUCCCGGGUGCCGCCAGAGUCAGGCUUCCUUCCAAGGCCCGAAAGGCAUGCGAGCGCGAAGGUCACUGCCGCAAAAUCGGCCUGUCAUGCCUCAGGCUUCGAGAGGCCCAAAUACCCUCGGAGGUGACUUGGCCCUGGAGGAUGCCCCCACUGACCCAGCCGAGGUCGGUGUCCAGGCACGCAUUCCCUUGUCUCCUCAGCAGCAAGAGGCUGUGAUGGUGCCGUUGGAUCAACCACUGCUUGUUUUGGCCGGGCCGGGCAGCGGCAAGACGCACUUCCUCGCAGCUCGAAUCAGCCGAGCACUGGCUGAGCAAGUUCCAGCUGAGGCUGUGGUUGCCGUGACCUACACGCGCAAAGCAGCGGAGGAGCUGGCGCAACGAGUGAAGCAAGCCGGACACGACGUGUGGGUAAGCACGGUGCAUGGCCUGGCCUUGAGGCUGCUGCGAGAGGCAGGGCGGGGGCCGUGCCAGGCGGCCUCAGACCAGGACCGGCGCGCAGCUGCCCGCACAAUACUUCCCAACGUGGAGAUCGCGGCCAUGCUGGAGACGAGCGAGGCACCGAUCCGAGCUGAGGCAGACGCUUCCCAUGACGCAGUUGGCAAGUUGCUGGCAGCCUUCGACCACAUGCGAAGAGACACGCAGGCCUGGGAGCCGCUGGCCACUGCCCACCGGGCUUUUACCCAGGAGCUCCGGCGCCGCCGCCUGCUGGAACUGCCGGAGGUGAUCUCAAGCGCCCAAAGGCUGUUGGACAGCGACGUGGGCAGCACCUGGGCGGCCAACUUCGUCCAGUUGCUCUUUGUGGAUGAGUGGCAGGACACUGAUGCCGAACAGCAGCGCUUCCUAGCUCAUCUUGCCCGUGGUGGCGUCACGGCUGUAGGAGACGACGACCAACGAAUUUAUGCAUGGCGUGACAGGGGCCCUUCACCACCAGAGGCCUUCCAAACGCAUUGGCCUGGAGCAAGCACCAAAACGCUUGGUGCAAACCACCGCUCCCUGCCACACUUGGUUGCAGCCUCCAAGCGCCUCAUUUCUCACAACUGCCUUCGGGAGCAGAAAGACUUGUGGUCGGCACGAGAGCCCGCAACGGAUACUGUGCAAGUUGUGGCAAAGGAAAGCCUCAGGGCAGAGGCCCGCUGGGUUGCUGAAGAGAUUCGGGGGCGCGCCGGCCGGGAGAGUUCGACCUGGGGCGACUUCGCAAUCCUCACCCGGACCAACGCUGCGGCAGAGGCAAUCGCCAAGGCCAUCGCCCAGGCCGGCAUCCCAACCUCACGCAGAGGCGGAGCUGACAUUCGAACCUCGCAGGUGCUGGACUUGCUUGCAUACUUGCGCUUGGUUGUGGACCCACAUCACUCAGCGUCAUUCCUGCGAAUCUACAACGUGCCGCGGCGCGGUUUGGGCAAGGCAGCCCUGCGCUGCCUCCGCGAGCAAUUCGGGGCUCCAAGCGCAGUUCCUGCAGAGUCGCCUUUGCACGGCGCAGGCGCCUUGACGCAGGUCAGAGGUGCAGAGCCAGCAACAGGGUCCUUUGAGGGCGCCAUGUCCCGGCUGCUCAAGGCACCCUGGCUUGGUGCCAAUGCCCGCGUGGCACAGGGUUUGGGAAAGCUGUUUGCCGUCUUGCAAGCUGCCCGCCGCGUGGCCUCGGCAGAGAAGGGAGCAGUCGAUGUGCUACGUUUCGUCAUGGCCCAGACCGGCCUUGGCAGUGGUCACGAGACAGCGCAGGCAGUCCAGAGGCUGCUGGCAGCAGCUGAAAAACACACCAUCGGAGCUUCGCGAAACGGAGCCGCAUGCAUUGUGCGACUCUUGCAAGAGAUGGCCAUUGCGGGAGGCAUCAUGUCGGACAGCGCCGUUUCUGUAAGCACCAUCCAUCAAGCCAAAGGACUGGAGUGGGACACCGUCUUCGUCCUGCAAUGCAACGAGUCAGUGAUGCCGUUGACCAGGCAGCCAGAUGACAGCAUUGAGGAAGAGCGACGGCUGUUCUACGUUGCCAUGACCCGCGCCAGGAAUCACCUGGUGUUGUCCUUCACGGAGGAGGCCGAGCCUUCACGCUUUCUUUUCGAGUCGGGUGCCCUUGGCGAGAAGCGUCCAAGCGUCCCCGAAACCCAGGCCCGAGAUCAGUCGAGUGCCUCGCGAGGCAGCGGCCUUGCAGACCUGGUGGCCGACGCAGAGAUGGAGAAGGUGCCAUCGCCGGGCCCUCCAGCCUCUGGCAGGAUGCUGCGCGUUGAAGUGCGAGGGCUGCUGCAUGAUUGGUUUGACGUGGCUGACAUGGGGGAUUUCAUUCGCUCGCCGCACUUUGCCGGCACCCUGCGCGAGAACGUGGCCAGAUACUUCGGAGUGCCAAUCGAGCGGCAGGCUAUCUACGAUGAAGACGGUUUGCUGACGAGCUGCGCUGAUUACAGCCGAGCACUUCAGCGAAUGUACCCCAAGCUCUUCAUCUAUGACCUGGACGAGAUGGGUGCCGACCUCCGAGCUCGGGCUGUGGAGGAGCUACGGCAGCUCGAUGCGGAUGUGGAGCAGUCCUGGCGCCAGUUUGGAGCGAACGUGCGAGAGAGAAAUGAGAGAGGACUCUCGCCAUGCCCAACGGAGCUCUCCGCCCUGAAUGGUCUCAGUCACGCCGUGGUCGCCGAAGUGCCAAGGGAGGUUGGGAAGCCACUGGAUCACCCCGUGAUCUCCCCGAGGAUCCCGCCAUCACAGCCAAGGAUCUUGAAAGUCGAGGCGCAGCCGGCGCAGCCAGUGGCACAGCCACUCGUGCUGCAGCCUUUGAGGAGUGAAGCUCCACGCAGCGUGUCAUCCAGGAUGAUUGCAGUUGCCUCCCAACCCAACCUCGUGAGGAUGGACAACGCGCAGCUGCGGAGUGUGUCACCAUGCAGGACUCCCAGACUGUCAGCUGACGUGGGCAGCAUAUCCCCCAGGAUGCCCCACGUGCACGGACAGUCGCCCUUCAGGCCCUAUGAAGCAAGCACCGAUGCCUAUGCCUGGGGCGCCACUUCAAAGUUACCAACGGCACCGCCAAGGUCGGUGUCCCCCUGCGUUGUGGAGCGAAGGUUGUCAGGGUGCAGACCACAGGCAAGUCCAGCCCAGACGGUCCAGUCACUUCCGGGGCCUCAGGGCGCCCAGGCUUGGCUUGUGAGCCCAGCGACGCCACGGCUGAAUCUUCAAUUGAGCGGCUUGCCGCCGCCUCCAGGGAUCUCGUUUACACUGAAGCCCGACUUGCCUCGGCUGAAGCCAACGCAAGUGGAGGCUCCGCUGGGUGCGUUCCAUUCACCACGCAUGCCUCGCUUCUCCCCGUAG